AUGAAUCUGAUCGUCAGGCUGCGGAGAAGUUUUCGCACGUUGGUUGUGCUGCUGGUCACCUUCUGCUUGGCGAGCAUUGUGGUCUCCGCUUACUUCCUCUACUCGGGCUACAAACAGGAGAUCGCCCUGAUCGAGACUACUGCAGGUGCGGACUGCGCUGACCUGAAAAUCCUCCCUUACCGGUCAAUGGAGCUGAGGACAGUCAAGCCCAUCGACACCUCCAAAACCGACCCCGUUGUCCUCCUGUUCGUGGAGAGCCAAUAUUCUCAGCUGGGUCAGGAUAUCAUAGCCAUCUUGGAGUCCAGCCGGUUCCAGUACCACAUGGUCAUCGCCCCGGGCAAGGGGGACAUCCCUCCCCUUACAGACCGUGGCAAAGGCAAGUACAUCCUAGUGAUUUAUGAAAACAUCCUCAAGUAUGUCAGCAUGGACGCGUGGAACCGAGAGCUUUUGGAGAAAUACUGUGUGGAGUACAGUGUCAGUAUAAUUGGUUUUCAUAAAGCCAACGAGAACAGCUCGCCAAGCACGCAAUUAAAAGGCUUCCCAUUGAACCUUUUCAAUAAUCUAGCACUGCAGGACUGUGUAGUUAAUCCGCAGUCGCCACUGUUACAUAUAACCAAAGCCCCGAAGGUGGCCAAGGGGCCUCUUCCCGGCCAGGACUGGACUGUCUUCCUCUACAACCACUCUACUUACCAACCCGUGCUGCUAACCGAGUUACGGGCAGACCCAUCCACAACGCUUUUGCCCAGCAAGACGCUUUAUGCGACCGUCAUUCAGGACCUGGGCCUCCACGACGGAAUUCAGAGGGUUCUUUUUGGCAACAACUUGAACUUCUGGCUGCACAAGUUGAUCUUCAUCGACGCCAUCUCUUUCCUGUCGGGGAAGAGGCUGGCCUUGUCCUUGGAUAGGUACAUCCUGGUGGACAUUGAUGACAUAUUUGUGGGGAAGGAGGGCACGAGGAUGAAUGUGAAAGAUGUGAAGGCAUUACUAGAGACUCAAAAUUUACUGCGCAUUCAGGUUGCAAAUUUUACCUUCAACCUUGGAUUUUCAGGGAAGUUUUACCACACAGGGACACAGGAGGAAGAUGAGGGUGACGACCUUCUGCUGGGGUCGGUGGACGAGUUCUGGUGGUUCCCACACAUGUGGAGCCACAUGCAGCCCCACCUCUUCCACAACGAGUCCUCUUUGGUGGAGCAGAUGAUUCUCAACAAGGAAUUUGCACUGGAACAUGGAAUACCUGUCAACAUGGGCUAUGCGGUGGCCCCUCAUCAUUCAGGGGUCUACCCUGUUCAUAUUCAGCUAUAUACAGCUUGGAAGAAGGUCUGGGGAAUUCAAGUCACAAGCACUGAAGAAUAUCCACAUCUGAAACCUGCACGGUACAGAAAGGGCUUCAUUCACAAUAGUAUCAUGGUCCUUCCUCGACAGACCUGUGGGCUAUUCACCCAUACAAUUUUCUACAAAGAAUAUCCAGGAGGACCCCAAGAAUUAGAUAAAAGUAUCAAAGGAGGGGAACUGUUCCUCACAAUCCUUCUAAACCCAAUCAGUAUUUUCAUGACCCAUUUAUCUAACUAUGGAAAUGACCGCCUAGGGUUAUACACCUUUGUGAACUUGGCUAACUUUGUGCACAGUUGGACCAACCUGAAACUACAAACUCUGCCUCCAGUGCAACUAGCCUACAAGUACUUCGAGCUCUUCCCUGAGCAGAAAGAUCCACUGUGGCAGAAUCCAUGUGAUGAUAAACGGCACAGAGACAUCUGGUCCAGGGAGAAAACUUGUGACCAUUUACCAAAGUUCCUCGUAAUUGGGCCACAAAAAACAGGAACAACCGCACUUUAUUUAUUUCUUCUUAUGCACCCUUCCAUCAUCGGCAACCUCCCCAGCCCAAAAACAUUCGAAGAAGUUCAAUUUUUUAAUGGCAACAACUACCACAAAGGAAUCGACUGGUAUAUGGACUUUUUCCCUACACCUUCCAACCUUACAAGUGAUUUUCUGUUUGAAAAGAGCGCUAAUUACUUCCAUUCAGAAGAUGCUCCCCGGAGAGCUGCAUCUCUCAUCCCCAAAGCCAAGAUCAUCACUAUCCUCAUUGACCCCUCAGAUAGGGCAUAUUCUUGGUACCAGCAUCAACGGUCUCAUGAAGAUCCAGCAGCCCUGAGGUUUAAUUUCUAUGAAGUUAUUACCACAGGGCAAUGGGCCCCAUCUGACUUGAAAACACUGCAGAGGAGAUGUCUGGUGCCAGGAUGGUAUGCAGUCCACAUAGAGAGAUGGCUAACCUACUUUGCGACUUCCCAGUUGCUAAUUAUUGAUGGACAACAGCUGAGAUCUGACCCAGCUACUGUGAUGGAUGAAGUCCAGAAGUUUCUGGGAGUUACACCUCAUUAUAAUUACUCUGAAGCACUAACAUUUGAUCCCCAAAAGGGGUUUUGGUGUCAACUACUAGAAGGAGGAAAGACCAAAUGUCUUGGGAAAAGCAAAGGCCGAAAAUACCCACCCAUGGAUCAAGAGUCCAGAACCUUCCUGUCUAAUUACUACCGGGAUCACAACGUGGAACUGUCUAAACUGCUACAUAGACUGGGCCAGCCUCUGCCAUCCUGGCUGAGACAGGAGCUGCAAAAAGUGAGAUAG